ACUACUGCCUUUGCUUAAUUAUACGCCAUGGAAAAGGAAAAGAAGAAGAGGAAGCUGGAAAUUCCAGACAUCACCAUGGACGACUUCCGCCGAAGGAACAUAAACGAUAAACCUUCUUCUCCUUGGCUUGGUCUCUUAACCGCCGUAGAAGUGGCCGCUGAGAAGUAUGAAGAAGCAAAGAAUAAGUUUAAUGGAGCUGAUGAUGACGGUGAUGAUGAUGGUGAGAAGGAGGAAUCCUUUUUCACGAAGAAAAAGUUGGUGUUCAAAAAGCCUGUAAAGAAGUCAUCUUUAACAAUCAAGUUAAAGAAGGGCGGUGGCUUGGAUGAUGAUCACGAAGAAAAGAGAUUCUCCGCAAAGGAGAAAUUGAAGAAGGCGGCGUUGAAGCAGGAGAAUGUUCCGGUUCCGGAUCUUCCUCAGGAAUUUCGAGACAAGAUGAAGAAACUGAAAUGCACCGAACCAAUUCUGUUGAUUCAGAAAUCAUUGACUAACACUGAUGUAGAAAACGGGCAGUCAAGGUUAUCAAUACCGUUUGGACAAGUGAAGACGAUGCAGGCUUGUAAUUUCUUGAACUUGGCAGAGAUGAUGAUUGUUUCAAGUAAAAGUAAUGGUGGGGUGGUGGUGAAAACGUUUAUUGAGCCGUCGGUUGAGGUGUCGGAGAUGGUGUUCAAUAAGUGGGAUAUGAGGAAGAGUACGGGGAACGGGAGCCCCAUGUUUGUUCUGAUAAACAAGUGGAAUGAUGUGAGGGAGAGGAAUCAACUUAAGAAAGGAGAUGUUGUUCAGGUGUGGGGGUUCGAGGAUGUUGAGAAGAAACUUGGUCUUGCUCUGGUGAAGGUUGCAAGUUGAGGAGGAGGAGGAGGAGGAGAUGGGAGGACCAUUGGAGUUCAUGAUGAUGGAGGAAGAAUGUUGCAGUGAAAGGAUCUCUCACCUUUUUCUUUUUUUUUUUGGCUAUGGUGCUAAAACGUGCAUGGGAAUUUCUUGCUGCUUCUUUUUUUUUAUUAUUAUUAUCUUGGAGUUCUUUCUAAUAUAUACUUGAUGAUUUU